CUGUGAUUGGAUUCCUCGCAUGUACCUGCUGCUGUAUGGCUACUCUGCCAACAGGUUAUGGGCCCAGGUAAAUCCAACACCGCAUGUUCCCACCGACGUACUGGUGAUGAUAGCACGCUGUGAGCACCAUGAGCGGACGGGCUGCAGAGAGGAACAGUUUUUCUAGCCGCUGGUCGCGGUUAAUGUUCGACGGUGAUGAAAAGAAUUACGAAUUAUGGGAGGCAAAGUUUUUGGGCCACCUGCGAUUGCAGGAUUUGAAAGACGUUAUCUUAAACGAGCCCACAACCGAGGAAGAAGACGAACUACAGCAAGACGCUGGAAAGAAUGAGGAAGCGUAUGCAGAACUCAUUCAGUUUUUGGAUGACAAAAGUUUGUCGCUGGUGAUGCGCGAUGCUGCAGAUGACGGGCGAGGGGCCCUACAGAUCCGAAGAAACUACUAUCAAGGCAAAGGCAAGCCACGCAUCAUAAGUCUCUACACAGAACUGACAUCACUACAGAAGUCUGAGAGUGAGAGUGUGACCGAGUAUGUGAUCCGGGCAGAGACCGCAAUCACAGCGCUAAGAAAUGCCGGUGAGACAUUAAGUGAUGGACUAUUGGUAGCAAUGGUGUUAAAAGGUCUGCCGGAGUCCUUUAAACCAUUUGCAAUCCAUGUCACACAACGUGAUGAGACGAUGCAGUUCUCUGAAUUCAAAACAAAGAUGCGCAGUUACGAGGACACAGAGAAGAUGCGGGCUGAAGCAGAUGACAACGUAAUGAACGUACGGCAGAGGAGAGCGAGACCUGACAGACCAGCUGACCGGGGAGCCGAGAGGAGCGCCGCGGAGGUGGUGUGCUUCAAGUGCGGCCUGAAGGGCCACAUGGCCAGGGCCUGCCGACGUAAACUGUGGUGCAGUCAUUGCAAGAGCAGCACACACCGGGACGCGACCUGCAGGCAGAAGCAGGGCGGCAACCGGGACGACGCACGGAGGGUCCACGGGGUGACGGAAGACCAGGACCGAGACGAGUACUUCUUCCGAGUGAGCGAGGGGGCAGCAAGAGUCGACGUGAGAGGCCUGAUGGUUGACUGCGGGGCUACCUCGCACAUCAUAACAGACCUGGCGAAAUUCAAGCGGUUUGAUGACGGGUUCCAGGCCGAGACACACUGCGUGGAGCUGGCGGACGGCACGCGGUGCAAGGGCGUCGCGGAGCGCCGAGGUGAUGCAGAAGUCUGCCUGAUCGACAGCACAGGUAGACACCUGAACGCAACGCUGAGGCAGGCGCUGUACAUCCCAUCCUACCCACAAGACAUCCUAUCCGUGAAAGCAGCUACUGCCAGGGGAGCCACUGUGGUCUUCAAGGAGGAGAAGAACGUCCUCAUCUACCAAGACGGAGCUGUAGCCUCAGAUAAGGCCAAAGAGUGGGUUAAAGCCAUGGAUGAGGAAAUGCAUUCACUUAAAGAAAACAACACAUUUACCCUGACCAAUUUGCCAGAGGGCAAGAAAGCAGUGGGGGGUAGAUGGGUGUAUGCCAUUAAAACAGAUGUUGAUGGUUCUGAGAAGUACAAGGCCCGAUAUGUUGCUAAGGGAUAUAGCCAGAAGAUGGGUGUGGAUUAUGGGGAGACAUUUUCUCCUACAGCUAAUAUGACCAAGCCUGCAACAAAAUUUAAGUUGGCAAAAUUUGCUGGAUUUAUGUUUGGGUCUAACUAAAGGAAAAUGGACUUGUUUUCUGACUAAAAUGUCAAGGUACUCUUUUCUUUAGGUUUAUAAUGUGAGAGCAAGUGGGGGUGUUGAGAGAUGCUCCCAAUUAUACAUUUUCUAUUGUAUGUUUUGUCAUAUGUUUAAAUAGUGUUAU